ACCCAGAUCAAAUAAAGUUGGUGCAUGGCCAAUGACCGACCUAGUUUUCUUGCUGCUUGCUUGUAAUUUGAUUAGGGUAGGUGCUUGUAAUUUGACUAGGGUAGGUGCUUGUAAUUUGACUAGGGUAGGUUCUUGUAAUUUGACUAGGGUAGGGAGGCGGAACGCUACAGCGAAGAGCGAACGAAUGUUGUGUCAAGCUGCCAGCUGAGCAAGAGAGAUGAGGAUGUCGAAUAAAUAGCGGAACGCAGCAGCAUCCGAAAGAUAGACGGCGAUCUCCUUCUUGACCGCAUAACGAUAAAACAUCUGUAGUAGCUAGCUAAGCAAAAUAACAGUGGACGAUUAUCGUUGGAAUGCUUCAAGAUUCGGAGCAGAAUAUCAAAUUGCCUUUCAUUACCGCUAUCAGGAGAUAGCCAGUAUGUUUUGAACAUAAAGACGCGAGUGGCAUGACAAACUAUCCUCGGGUGAAAGCGACGGUCAGGAAGAAGGGGAAAAAUGAAUCGGUCAAGUGGCUACGCUUUUAGCCUCUUCCUACUGUCCAUUAUCAGCCUCUACACCGCCGGGGUUCUAUCGGCGGUUUCAGAUGGAAACAGCACAGAAAACGGCACGGUGGCAGAUGGUGGAUUUGUCCCCCUGGUGUACUCGAAAGUAAGCCAGAUCAUCGCCCGCGAGGGCAACUGCGCUCUGAUUGAUUGCAACGUCACUGGAGAGCCUGUCCCGAAUAUACAGUGGUUCAACUCGCAUGGAAACCUGCUAGACACGGAGACAAGUGACAAGUGGUUGCUGACAGACGAUGGCAUCCUCAACAUCACAGAGAUCACGUUCGCCGACCGCGGCAAGUACACGUGCAUGGCGUCCAACGUGCACGGCAGCGCCAACUGCACGGUGACCAUGCGCGUGGUCCUGCACAGCGGGGACCUGGGGGCCUAUUACGUGGUCGUGUGCCUCGUCACCUUCACCAUCAUCAUGAUCCUCAACAUCACGCGUCUCUGCAUGAUGAGCAGCCACCUGAAGAAGACGGAGAAGGCCAUCAACGACUUCUUCCGCACUGAGGGCGCCGAGAAGCUCCAGAAGGCGUUUGAAAUCGCCAAGCGUAUCCCCAUCAUCACAUCAGCCAAGACCCUGGAGCUGGCCAAGGUGACCCAGUUCAAGACCAUGGAGUUUGCCCGCUACAUCGAGGAGCUGGCCCGCAGCAUCCCGCUGCCCCCGCUCAUCAUGAACUGCCGCACCUUCAUGGAGGAGAUCUUGGAAGUGGUGGGGGUUGAGGAGAUGAGGCACACGUUCCUCCGCCAGGCCCCAGAGGGGCACCACCUGGACGGGGCAUUGGGAUGCCGGGCGGCCCUGGUGCAGGGGGCCCUGGUCGGGGUGGGGCCCGGCGACGUCUUCACCAUCCUCCGGGAGAGAGAUAGGGAGCGUGAGAGGGAGCGUUCCGGAUCCCCUGCAGCGGAUUCUGACGAUGCGUCAUUGCAUGAGCAGCCUCAGCACAUCGCCAUCCAGGUGUCCAUCCACCCCCCGCUGCCCAUGGAGGCCCCGGCUCUAGCCGAGGCCACGCCCUCAUCUCCUCCGCCAUUGGCUCCCCUGCACCUAGAGGAGGAGGAGGAGCAGGGUUCCGAGCCGGAGCAGGAGCCAGUGGAGGAGGCGGAGUUGGGGGUGGAGGCGGAGGCAGAGGUUACUACUAAGCUACAGCCUGGUCAGGUGAUUUACGAAAGCUACGUGUAAACAACAACAGGGGGAACCAAUGGGAUGAACGAUCCUGUCCUAUGCAUUUCCCACCCCCAACCCUCCCUCCCCCACCCUCAAAAACAUAGAAUAUGUCAAGAAAAUGUCAUUUUAUUUCACUUUUCAAUGGAACUAGCUUUGAAAAGUGAAAUAGCUCCUACGUAUGUAGGUCCAUCUGGAUCUAUUCUGGAUUCCAAUAAAUCAACUUGAUAAGACAUUGAGUAUAAUCAUCAUCCUUCAUGCUUAUGGAUCUUCAUGUUGAAUAUAUUGUGGCUGGAGAGGAUAACCAAUAAGCGAUAUGCGUAAGUAUUUAAUUUGUAUUAGUGAGCAGACGAAAGAGCUGUUUGUUAUUCGAUUCAAGCAUUUCCUAAAUCGAUUUCAGGAGAAAAAAAACUAUAGACUUGUUGACGAUUAUGCUUUUCUCUUUGCAGUAUUAUUCUGUUUUAUGAUAAAUUCAUAAAUUAGCUCUUCAAGCUGACGUUGUGCAAUCACUGUUACUAAGCAGACCACAAAGGCGUCUUUUGUUUCAGCUUCAAAAGACUGCACAUUAUCCUACCACUGUUACAACCAACCAACCUGAAGUUUCAGUAUCAUGCAUGCUGGACUCUGAGAAAAGAAUACUGAUUUGAAAGUGUGAUCUAUAGUCACAUUUUGUCAUUUAAACUCUAUAUACGUGAUUUAUAUAGACUGAUGUAUAACUUCUGUAACGACUGAAUUAUUGGAUCAUGAAUAACAUUUCAGUGGAUGAUUGAAGACCUAGUUGUUUCAGGCCUUCUGGUCUUUGAUACACGUAAUUAACAAUUGCAUAACCACUAUAGCCCUUCUAGUGUGGUUCAUUGAAACGUUUCUGAGAAAUACAUUUAUUAUUAUUAUUAUUAUUAUUAUUAUUAUUAUUAUGCCCACUGGUGUUUUGACUUCCUAGAUGUUAGACAUUUUACAAUUUUGCCGCCUUUAUACGCUCUGUGUUGUUUCCAAUAUUUCCAUAUUUUUUUCUCCCAUUUCUAUUUUUACUAUGUUAAGUUCUUAUCUCGUUUUAAAUGGGUCUCAAACCCCAACCCCCUUCCCCCUCCUCUGUACGUGCUUUAAUUAAAGAGGCUACAGUGCUCCAUUGACAGUCUGAUGCAUGUUAAAUGAGUGCGACGUAUUCGGAUUAGUCUUUAACGGGACUAAAAUACUUAAAUAUCUGCUUAAUAGUCUGGGGGGGGGGUUCGAUGUUGCUCAGCUUUAAACAAUGCUUUUUUUUGUAGUGAAAAUAAAAUCUGUGUGUUACCAUG